CCAGUUGCAUUAAUAGUGUAAAAAUUGUGUCAAAGGUAAAAAAAAAAAGAAAAAUGAGUGUAAACAUUGUACUUUGAGCUCAGUGUUUGUGAUUGCUCAGCGAUGGCGGACGAGGAGCUUGACACUAGCGAGGUGCGAGGGAACCACCGGCUGGAUGAAGGCAGGUUAGAUGAGUACCUGAGCCGCCACCUGCCCGGGUACAGCGCAGCUCCAUCCGCCGGGCUCACUGUCAGACAGUACAGGUCUGGCCAGUCGAAUGCAACAUAUUUCAUUAAGAAGGGGUCAAAUAAAUAUGUACUCAGGAAGAAGCCACAUGGCCCACUUCUGCCUGGAGCUCAUCGGGUUGACCGUGAAUAUCAGGUGGAGCAGGCAUUAUAUGCGGCAGGCUUUCCUGUCCCAAGGCCAUUACUGUACUGUAACGAUGUUAAAGUUGUUGGAACUGAAUUCUUUGUGAUGGAGCAUGUGCAGGGACGUAUCUUUAGAGAUAUAACUUUACCCGAUGUCAGACCUGCGGAGAGAACUGCCUUAUAUGUUGCGCUCACUGAAACGCUGGCCCGUCUGCAUUCAUUUGAUAUACGUACCUUGAAUCUAACUGGAUAUGGCAUAGGGAAAGGAUACUGUAAGAGACAGGUAAUCACCUGGACCAAACAGUAUGAGCGAAGCGCACAUACAGAUAUUCCAGCAAUGAAUCAGCUGGCCCAGUGGUUAAUGGAUAACUUACCAAGCAACGAUAAUGAAGAGUCCUUGAUACAUGGAGAUUUCAGGAUUGAUAAUGUCAUUUUCCAUCCAACAGAGGCUCGUGUGAUUGCGGUUCUUGAUUGGGAAUUAUCCACCAUUGGACAUCCAGUGUCUGAUUUGGCUUACUUCUGUUCACCUUAUUUUUGGCCCUCAGAAGUCCCGUUAUUUGGACUCAGCACUGACAAAAAGUUUAGUGAGAUAACUGGAAUGCCUGCAUUUGAAGAUUUGCUGAAUAUUUAUAGUCAUUGCCGUAGUAUCUCCUUGCCAAUCCCGGACUGGAAUUUCCACCUUGCUCUUAGCUUUUUUAAAUUGGCUGGCAUAUUGCAAGGUAUUCAUGCACGGUGUAUCAUUGGCAAUGCAAGUGGAGAAAAUGCCAGCAUAUAUGGUGCCAUGGUGAAACCUAUAGCAGAUUAUGGACUUGCUUUAGUGAAAAGAGGGAACCUUACUUUGCUAGAUACCUCUAAACCAUCAGGAGAGCUGUUUUUACAGAGUGUUAAAGGACAACGUUUGCUGGAGCAGGUGAAGAGCUUCAUGCAGGAGCAUGUAUAUCCAGCACAGCAGGAGGUUUUGGAAUAUUACAUCAAAAAUGAAAACUCAUCAGUGAGAUGGAAGAAGCCUUUGGUCAUUGAGAAACUGAAGGAAAAAGCUAAAGCUGAAGGUUUAUGGAACAUGUUCCUUCCGGCAGUUAGCGGCCUUACUCAGACUGACUAUGCAUUCAUUGCAGAAGAGACGGGAAAGGUUUUUUUUGGCCCAGAAAUAUUUAAUUGCCAAGCACCAGACACGGGUAACAUGGAGGUUCUUCAUAUGUAUGGCACUGAAGAGCAGAAGAGGCAAUGGCUUGAACCUCUCCUUGCGGGACAAAUCCAGUCUUGUUUUUGCAUGACAGAACCUGAUGUGGCUUCCAGUGAUGCCACCAACAUGGAAUGCAGCAUUCAGAGAGAUGGGGAUAGCUAUGUGAUCAAUGGGAAGAAGUGGUGGAGCAGUGGUGCUGGUAAUUCAACUUGUAAAGUAGCGAUUGUGAUGGGAAAGACUACAAACUCAUCCUCUUCCAGGUACAAGCAGCAUAGUAUGAUUAUCGUACCCAUGGAUUCCAAAGGUGUGGAAAUUGUUAGAGCCCUGAAAGUUUUUGGCUAUGAAGAUACUCACCAUGGAGGACAUUUUGAGGUGCACUUUAAUGAUGUUAGAGUUCCGGUCUCUAAUUUAAUACUCGGUGAAGGGAGAGGUUUUGAGAUUGCUCAGGGUCGCUUGGGUCCUGGUCGUAUACAUCACUGCAUGAGGACAAUUGGAGCUGCUGAAAGUGCUCUUCAACUAAUGUGCGCAAGAGCCGCACAGCGCAAGACCUUUGGGAAAAGACUCUAUCAGCAUGAAGUGGUUGCUCAUUGGAUUGCUGAAAGCCGUAUUGCUAUUGAACAGGCCAGAUUACUGACACUGAGAGCAGCAAAAGCCAUAGAUACGGUUGGCAGUGCACGGGCAAGGAAAGAGAUUGCUAUGAUCAAAGUUGUUGCUCCUAGAAUGGCUUGUGCAGUUGCAGACCGUGCAAUCCAAGUAUUUGGAGGAGCUGGAGUUUCACAGGACUUUCCUCUGGCAUUCAUGUAUGCUGCUGUUAGAACUCUACGCAUAGCAGAUGGUCCUGAUGAAGUGCACCUUUCAGCCAUAGCUAAAAUGGAACUGCUGGAACAAUCAAAGCGAUUUGCAGCAAAAAUGUAACCACUACAUGCUUGCAUUACAUCUGCCUUCUAAAUCAUUACAUAAAACAUAGUUAAAUAUUGCAAUAAUAAACUCUGGAAUUGAGUAUGCAUGUAUAAGCAGUAACUGAAUAAUAAAAAUGAUUUUAUUUUUGCAGUAAGUUUUUUAAAUCAUGCAUUUUUAAAACUGGUAAUUUUAAAAUGAUUCUGUAGCUUAAAGUAACAGUAAACUUGUUGUUUUUUUCCCCCAUGCAAAUCAUGAUGAGUAAUAAUUUUCUUUACCGUCUAAUCUUCUUAAUAUCAUUGGUUUAUUGACUAAACCUAGUAAUUUAAAAGAACUGAGUGAGUUCAUUUUAAAAAUUCUUCGAAGUUGAGAUGUAUUAGAACAAGACAUGCGAUUGUGUUUUAACAAUAUUUGAAUUAUAAAAUCACCUCAAAAUAGUUUUAGUUUUGUGCAUGUAAUAUGGACAUGUUGAUGGAAAAAAAAGUGAAAAUUACUAAACCGUC